CUCGAGUUCGAUUCCCAAACUAUAACAUGCUAAUAUUAUAACUUUUUUUCUUUCAAUAUGUGCGUCGACUUAUUUCAUUCAUGUAAAAAUCAUUAGUUAUUCCCGUGCAACUAUUAUAACGACUCGAAGGCUUUCGCGUCGUCUGUGCAAUGGAAGACGAGCUGGUGACGUCACAGAAGCGAUUCCCAUGCUAACGGCAGCUAGCAAUGGCGGUUGUUACAGCUUGGCGUUCCCUUCCAAAGUUAUUUUUAUCGAUUCGGUGGGACCGUGCACGCUACCCACGCUUGCGAAACGGAAUACUGCAUUAUUUUAUUGAGAAAUAACACGGGGCUGCUUCCUGGCACGUUAUUUAAUGAUCUUAACCCAAAGUUUCAGCAGUAUUUUUGUUGUUGUUCGAGCUUCUAUACAAGCAUUCCGCUCUUGAAACAAUCGAUUUAUUGUCACAUUUCACUGAAAACGAGGAUUUAUGUGGGAUUAAUGGCGGUGAAGGUGAAAGACGACACAUAACGUCACAUCAGUGCCGCUUUGGUCAACCAAACCCAAAAUGGAGUCCAAGUGCGACGCUUCCGAAGACGACUGGGACGACAACCGGAGGCGCUCUGUCAGCAGCAGGAGGAGCCGAGGGUCCUCCGUGAAAAGGCAAAAGCACUACAGGAACUAUCGAGACAGCGCCAAGGAUGAAAAAGUCCUCACUAAAAGCGAGCGGUACCAUGCCGACCCGGACCACGCGUCAGACGGGGACGGCAAGGGGGCGUGUUACUCCGAUGAUUACGAGUCGGACCGCUCGUUGUCGCCGUAUAACAGAGCUCAAACUCUAUCGCCGACGCCGCCUCCGAGGACAACAAAUCUGAUUUCCAGUAGUUCGCCCUACAACACAACAAUGGAAAGGCGGGUUCGAGCCCGUCCGCCGCAUCCCGCCCGGAGUCGUGCGUCGCGCUCGCACAGCAAAGAGUCCCUCCCUCCGAAGGAUUUGGACCCUUUGACCCGGCAAAUGUUGUCGGGCCGUUUGCUAAAGAUCAACGAGUUGCGAAACGUUCACGCCGAGCUGCAGCUGCGCAUGGUGGAGCUGCAGAAGGAGAAUCGGAUUCUCAAGCAGCUUCAGACCCGUCAAGAAAAAGCGCUCCAGAACUACACGGACGCCGAGAGCAAAAUCUCUCAGAUGUUGUCGUGCCAUGCCAACGAGACGCACGCGUUGCGCGAGCGUCUGCGGCGCACGCGGGAGCGCGAACACGCCGCCGAGCGCCGUCUCAAGGAGAAGGAGGAGCAGCUGCUGAGGAGUCACGCAACCCUGGGACGCAUGAAGAAGCUGGUGGAGCAGCGAGAACUGGGCGCGCGAGAGGAUCUCAGUUCCAAGUUGGACCAGGAGAGGGCGCGCACGCACCAGGCCGAGCUAAAGAUUAAGGAACUGGAGAAGAGCAUGGAGCUGAACCAACACAGCUACCAGAGGCAGCUGGCUGCAGAGAAGAAGAAGAUGUACAUCGCGCAGGAAGAGAUCAGGAAUCUUCAAAAGGAACUGGAGCAAUUGACUAAUAAACUCCGGGAAAAAGAACGAGAACUGGAGACUAUGAAUAUUUACGCUCACCGAAUAGGGAAAAUCUCGCCGAGAAAAGUGUCGGAGCCUGACAGCAAACAAAAACCCAACAGCAGGACAAACAAAGCGGUGCAGACGUACGAUCGGAGCAGCAGCCCCGAGUUCCCUUCUCCGCCGCCGCCCACCUCCGCGGAGGACAGCGAUCCGGCGCCUGACGGCUACCUGUCGCUCAAGCAAGUGGACGUGGUAGACAGCGGACCGAAACCGGACGAGGAACAGCAGAAGAAAAUAAGCGAAGACCUAAAAAGCUCAAAGGAAGUGAAGGAGACUGACGAGGAACAACAAAAGAACAUGCAGGAAGUUGUUGAUAUGAAGCUCAAAAUACUAAAAGACGAUUGGGAAAACGAAGCAAAGGGAGAUUUCGUCAGCUUCCUGAGCAAUUCGCUUAAGAGCGCCCGAGAAGAAACGGACCGCCGGAGGUCCAAUCAGGAUGGUGUGGACACAGGCGAAUCGCGUCGCAAGAAAGACCAGCUGCUAGCCAAGAUGCGCGAAAUCGACCUUCAGAACGACAGCCCCCGUUUUGUGGACUCGCGCGAUUCCAGCAACGAGACGCCGUCCCGCCGGCGGAGCCUGCGGUCGCUCAGGUCCGACGAAGAGCCGCUUUUCGGAAGCUACGCGCCGGCGUUCGGGAGCCCCCGCCAAAACGCCACCGGGGACGACGGCGGCCACGCGCUGGAGGCCAUCGGCGUCUUUAGUCUUAAAACGACAGAAGCCGAGGAGAAGAGCAAGAAGUCGGCGCUCAUGCAGCAGCUGUUCGGAACUUUGGCGGGCGAUGCACGUAAAACGGAGCUGCUGGACGAAGUGGCCAGCGGCGACAUUAGCGCACGUGGUGGCUCGCGAGCGUCGGGACGCUUCGGCUAUAGCGCGCCACGCCACGUGGUGGACAGUCGGCCCGUCAUUCGUGCUGUGGCGUCCUUCGACGAGGACAUUGAAGAGCUGACGCUGUAGCAGUCACGUUAGCUAGCUUGAAGCACACAAAUCACUCAGGUUUUUUUCUAAUUUUUCUUUUGAAACUGUUGUAGUUUUUGGAAGUCUAGGGAAUUUUCCACUGGAAAUUUCCAAAGUUGGAUAGAAUUGUAAUUAGUAAAUUGAAAAUCCCAGAAUUUUGUAUUAUUGUUUUGUUCGUGUUAGCUCUGCUAACAACACCGUCACUUUUUUUUUAAACUUGUUAAACCCCCCAAAAAUACUAUAGUGUGUUUUUAUGAUGGCAAAUUUCCUUCCAAGUCAAGUUAGGGAAUUUUUGAAAGGCAUAAUAUUCAAACAUUAAUAUAUAUAUAUAUAUAUAUAUAUAUAUAUAUAUAUAUAUAUAUAAGUAUUUGUCUAUAAAGCAAACAUCCAUUCACAUACAUUUAGUACUAUUUCUAUUGUAUCCAACUUUUGAAAUUCCUGGAAUGAAAAUAAAUGUAAAAAUUUAAUAAUUUAAAAAUAAGUACCGGUACACAUUUUAAAAAUUUGAAACGAAAAAAAAAAAUUCUCACAAUUUUGUCAGUUUGUGCUGUUAGCACAAAACCUAGCUGCUAGCUACUCAGAAGUCCACUUGCUCACCAAACAACCACUGAAGUGUUAUGAUUUUUUUAAAUGUAUAAAUUAUAAAAAUUUAAAAAACAGUCCCAGACAUUUGUCAGAUUGCUUGUUUUGUUAGCUAGCGCUAGCUACCUUUGACUCAUUACUCAUCAUACAACCACUAAAGUGUGUUUUUUCAUGUAUUUGUGAAAUGUAAUGUUUUUAGUCUGAUUAAAUUUGCACACUUUAACAGCAUUUUGAGGCCAUCCAAUUUCUGUUAUAUAAAACAUUUUGAUGGAUUAAGAUGAACCCUUUUUAUACACAAAUUAUGAUUACAUUCCUAUUCUAAAAUUGCGGCCCACAUAAGACAACUAAUUCGUGCUAACGCUCACUGACAGCAGGGCCCCACAAGGGGCCGGAACGAUUGACAAAACCCUCUUUUAAUGACCUGGACGGACCAGGCGAUUACUUUAAUAAAGUAGUCGUAACAUAAAAGUACCAGAACAAUCCCGUCAGUGCCAACAAAUGGGAUUAAGGAUUAUAACGUUACAGGAGGCAAAUUAGGAUGCUUUCAAGGAUUUCACGCCGCUUUAAUAAUUACUCUCGCACCACAUGUAGUUGCAAUUCGUGGUUGCAUGCUAAUUAUGUUUGCUAAACCUGUUGUGAACAUUUUUUAUUAGGAUUGUGACAACAUGUUGAAUAGGUGAUAUAUUGUGAUACUUUGUAGCCCAAAAUGUUGACUCGAGACAUUACGACAUGGCUGAAUCCAGCGGCUCCCUGUUAAGACCAACAUAGGGUAGGUUUUUGUUUAAUGUUUUUUAAUGCAGUCGUAAUUUAGUUGACAGUUUUUUUGUGGGAAUAUCUUUGAUUGAUUUGUGAAGAGCAUCGUAAAACAACUGGUUGAUUUUUUCUAUUAUUCAGAGAGUCACUCUGAUGAAGGCGGAAGUGUUCGCUGAAACAUGUCAGGUAAUUAAAACAACCUAAAACAAUUGUCUGCGAUAAAAGAAAAAUUCAACUAAUCUAUAAGUGUAGACAAAAUGAACUCGUAUUAAUACAACUAUUGUAAAACAACGUUAGCAUUUUAUAGUGUUUACGGUAGCGGACUUUUGCUAUGGAAGUUAGCCAAUUUUCAUUUUGUUGUACUUAGAUUUGAGGCUAAGCUUAAGUAUUUUAAUUUAUUUUUAAAUGAAAUUUUCCCAAAUUCUGCAUUGUUAGAAGAUACACUCGCAGAAUGUUAUUUUGUAUUCGCAUUUAAUGUUCUUUUGAAAGUGCAAUCUUAGCAAGCCUUUGUUUUACAACUCCUAAAAUUGAUUCUGCAAUGCAUUAAAUGUUCAAAUUCAAUUACUUUUACUAGUUGAAAGAUUAAUCGACUACUAAAAUAAUCGUCACCUGAAGCUCUACUUCCGAUUCGGGACAUUCUUGAGUCACUUCCUUCUCAGUAACCCAAAAUGAAGAAAUGACCCCGUAAAUGCCUCAAAGCAAAAGGAAGUGACCAAAACAUCAACAGGAAAUGACGUGAAAUGCCCCAAAAUAAACCCAUUGCCUGGGAUUGUCUGCUACUGACGGCCAGAGACGUCCAAGUUCAUUCGCUACCAUCCCUCCCACUUCAAACAGAUUGAACGUCUACUCAUGAUACUAAUUCCAAUUCACAGCAGAAGGAUUAAAGUACCUAUAUUUUCUCGAAUUAUAAUGGAAUUUUUUGGCACAUGAUUAAACGGCUCACGAUCAACGCUAGCAAAAAGCCAAAGUAUCAUAAACACGUUGUCAAAUCGAAGCGAAAUGUCAGUGUAAAGGACGAUCAAAACCAAACAAAUGUUGAAAAAGUAGCUGGUAUUUAAUAAACAAAUGCAAAAGUCCAUCGCAUUUCAGUGUGCGGGACGACUUCGCAGCUGCGUCAAGGCACAAACGGGGAUAAACGACAGAAAAACAAGUCAACACUUGAACUCGGGUAACAUUUACAUCGACGUGUGAAUACAUAGAAUAAAAAAAAUAAAAAAAAACGUGCUUGACAAUCAAGCAGCCAUUUUGGGUGCCCCCGAGCCUCAUUUUGUGGCGUGUAUAAAUGCGUGAACAAUAGAAAUUCUGCAAAUUGUGACUAUUCAAGGAAAUACUGUACACUAAAAAAACGUGGGGAAUAAGGCAGUAAUCAUACAAAAAAAUAGUGUCAGUCAAGACUCCAUAUUGUGAGGGUUUGUCGCUACAUCGCUGACAGCGUUGGCAGAUACUGCCUAUAAAGAGUACAAAAAUACUAACACAUUGACUGCAUGUCACCUUAAGUGCAUUUGAUUGGACUUCAUUUGACGACUAACCUUCUGUGUGACGGUGGGAUUAAUCGGUAGGUUACAGCGCCGCGCCUUCGCCGUCCAUGCUACAGCCUAGCGCUUCAAUGUCGCUGCUGAUAUCGCUGAUCAUGCGGUCCCACUCGUCGCCCUCCGACGUCUCCUCGGGGCCCUCGUCGGAGGCGCCGCCGUCACCGCCUCCGUCCGCCGCCCCGUCGCCGUUGGCGGCCGUGUCGGAGGCGGAGCCGGCCGUCCGCCGGUAGCGGCCGAAGCUGUCGGUGAUGAUGCCGCGGCCGUCCUUGACGCCGAUGGUCUCCAGGAAGUUUUCAAAGUGUUGGCUGUCCUUUUCGGGGAUGAAGGGGCGCAGGCCUAUGGAAGCCGAACAACGUUUGCUUUAUAAAUGGAUUUUUUUUUUUUUUUUUUUACAUUUAGCCACAGUAACUUCAAAAAUCCGAUACCAAUAUAUGCAAUAAAAUACAGUGCAUCACAAAAGCGAGUACACCCACGCUGGAUGAUCUUACCCACUGUGCUGUAGCUCAGUUUCAGGGUGGUGGCAAUCUUCUUGUAGCCUUGGCCAUCUUCAUGUAGCGCAACAAUACAUCUUUUAAGAUCCUCAGAGAGUUCUUUGCCAUGUGGUGCCAUGUUGGAACUUUCAGCGACCAGUAUGAGAGUGCGUGUGAGCUGCACUACAAAUUUGAACACACCGGCUCCAUAUGCACAACUGGACCUAGUAACACUAACGAGUCACAUGACAUUUUGGAGGGAAUUUAGACAUUUAAGGAUGUAGUUUCUAAGGGGUGUACUCACUUUUGUUGCCAGGGGUUUAGAUAUUAAUUGCCAUAUUUUGAGUUCUUUUGAGGGGAAAAUAAAUUAAAUCUAUUAUAUAAGCUGCACACAAACCACUUUUCAUUGUGUCAAAGUGUCAAUUUGUCAGUGUGGUCCCAUGAAAAGAUAUACUUAAAUAUCUGCAGAAAUGUGAGGGGUGUACUCACUUUUGUGAUACACUAUAUAUAACAAUACAAACAUAGUAAUUUUGUAUUUUAUUACUUUUCUUAGUUCUACAAGGGGUCCCCGGGUUACGACGUACUCCG